AGUGAUUGUUUGCUCCGCCCCCUCCAACAGGACUCAGCAUCCGCGGUGCCCAGGAAGAAGACCCGCCGGAUCCCCAGCUCAUGCGUCUGGACAACAUGCUCCUGGCUGAGGGUGUGUCUGGCCCAGAGAAGGGCGGUGGAUCGGCAGCGGCAGCAGCUGCAGCAGCAGCAGCGGGUGGGGCCACGGACAACUCCAUCGAGCACUCGGACUACCGGGCCAAGCUGACUCAGAUCCGGCAGAUCUACCACACGGAGCUGGAGAAGUACGAGCAGGCAUGUAACGAGUUCACCACCCACGUGAUGAACCUGCUGCGGGAGCAGUCGCGCACGCGGCCCAUCUCGCCCAAGGAGAUUGAGCGCAUGGUGGGCAUCAUCCACCGCAAGUUCAGCUCCAUCCAGAUGCAGCUGAAGCAGAGCACCUGCGAGGCCGUCAUGAUCCUGCGCUCCCGCUUCCUGGACGCCAGACGGAAAAGGCGGAACUUCAGCAAGCAGGCCACAGAGAUCUUGAACGAGUAUUUCUAUUCGCACCUGAGCAACCCCUACCCCAGCGAGGAGGCCAAAGAGGAACUGGCCAAGAAGUGCUCCAUCACAGUGUCCCAGGUGUCCAACUGGUUUGGCAACAAGCGGAUCCGGUACAAAAAGAACAUCGGCAAGUUCCAGGAGGAGGCCAACCUGUACGCUGCCAAGACCGCUGUGGCUGCCGCUGUGCAGAACAGCCAGGCCAACUCCCCCAGCACACCCAACCCCGGCUUCCAGAUGAAAGACGAGGAUUUCCAGCUGGAUUCAGCUGAGAGCAAAGGAACCCUUCUAACCAGCAUGUUUACUGGUUCCUCUGGUUCCUUUAACCUCCCAAACUCUGGGGACAUGUUCAUGAGCAUGCCGACCCUGAACGGGGACUCGUACCCGGGCGUUCAGGUGGCGGCGGGGGUGCAGUCACAGGUGGAUACCCUACGCCAUGCUAUCAGUCAGACAGCAGGAUACAGUGACGGCCUGCGGGGGCGCUCUCUCUACAGUCCUCAUGGCCUGAAUGCUAAUGGUGGAUGGCAAGACGAGGCCCCUCCAUGUUCCGUAACCUCCCCUGUAGAAGGACCUGGAAGUGUGCACUCUGAUACCUCGAACUGACCCCCCAUCUGCCACGCAUAUACGCAGCAGAAUGACCCAUCGCAGAGGCCCAACCAUUUCCAAACCACCCUCCCUCCUGCUGCUUAUGACUGAUCUGCCCCGUGUCCAAAAUUCUCCCACAAUGCUCGGAUCCUCCAUGUUCUCACAACUGAAUAUGAAUAUUUUUUUCUCCAGAGGCUUUUUAUACAAAUAUUUUCAUCUAUAUAUUAUACUGCCAGAAUGAUAAGACUGGAUCUGUUCCACACAGCUGUAGUGACUCAUGGACAAGAAGUUUGACUCAUAUGUCCAGGUCCUCAUGAAUUGACCCUGCAUCUGCCUGUUUGCUUCCUCUUACGCACCCAGUUACCCCUACUUGGAUUUGACUGUGCUGGUAACCUGUUGGUGAAGCCGCUGGCAGUGCCGCAUGUGGACCACCCGUGCACCGCCACUGCAGUUGCGUCUUGGACCUUGUUAGGGAACUUGCGCAUGCGCCAGCAGCCGACGGUUUGCCAGCGUUUUUUCCCUAAUGGUGGAUUUGAAUAAUUUGUCCUUUAAGACACGUGCUAAUGACUCUACGGAAUGUUGGCUGCCGGCGACUAUACCUGGUAAUUCCGUGCUGAAGCGCGCACUUAACGCGGCUUAAACGUUACACUCACUGGCAGCCUGCGUGAAUAUUUUUUUUGUUUGUUGUUGUUUUACAUUUUUUCAUAUUAUUUUGCCUUGUGAUCAUCGAUUUCUCAGUAAUCUCAAAAUCCUGACGGUCAACAGCGCUUUGCAUUCUAGGGAAAAGCUCAGAAAAUCAUCGUUAGAAAGUUGUGACAUAUUUCCUUACAUUUGUAAUUAAAUCCAGGCUCUUAUCAAAAUCGUUAUUAUAAUUUUCAUACCCUGAAACGUUACCAUGUUUCAGGUGUUAAAGCUGAAAUGGCUUAGUGAGCUUGUGUUGUGCUUCAUUUUGGUCACAAACACCAUGCAGUCACGCAAGUUCCUUUUAUGUUAGCAUAUGUAGCUUGUAUCUGCCACCAUUAAAACAUAGUUUUUUACCUCAUUCAAACUCAUAGAAACCAAUAGAAAUUCAACACAUUAUAUAGCUUAGAGUGUCCACUUACUACCUCUAAACAGUAUCACUUCUACUCUUUUUCGGCAUUUUAUUUUGUUUCUUACCUGCGUCGUUUUUCAUUUUGUCGUGAACUUUUCAUGUCACGUAAUCUGAUGUAUAUUUUAAUCAUAAGGAAACGCGAUUCCAUUCUUCUGCGUAGGACAUCAGACUCGCGUGCAGUAACGACGGCGGGAAUAUAGCAGGAGCGCGCAUACCCGCGCGUGCGUGUACGGUGGAUUAACACGGAUGGCUGUUAACAGCGAACAGUGAAACUGUUGUAAAUACUGCAAAAAAAGAAAACAUUUUGAAUGUUGCUCAUCUUGUUACUAAUCCACACAAAAAAAUUUAUAAUGGGGAGAAAGCAUAGAUUUUCAGUAUUCUGAACAGUGUACUCUGAGCCCUGUCUGACAGGGUCCAUACCUUCUUUAAUUUUAAUUUUGUAUUGUAUGCAAAUUGAAAACCAAUUAGGUCAUGAUUUGUGGCAAGUGAUUCUAAUGUAUCAGAAAUGUUCUGUGCUCAUUUCUAACCAGACUACACCCUGGACUGAAAAGUCUUAUUUGUGGUACAGUAGUUUUGUGUAGUUUUAAACAUGAAUAAACCUUUUUUUUGCUUUCAUGA